UGCGUGUUUGUAUUAACGCUUGUUAGAAACAUGGAGCAAGGAUAUAAAAAUUUGCAUUUCUUGAUCUUAAUACUGAGCAUAUUUAUCAUAGCCUGCAUCCAAGCUGCACCGGACAAACAAAAUAUUAACGAGAGUGACGAAUUUGCGCAAAAGCAAGCUAUUACAGAGUUUAAUACUUGUUUGCUAAAUUCAAAUGUUCUAGGAUCGUUUAUACAACAAAUGCAGGAAUUUUUUACUGUAAUAUUCAGAUAUCUGCCCGAAAAUAUGAAAACAUUAGCAAGUAAUUUUAUGAACAAAAUAGCUUCUGAAUUCGUGAACUUUGAAAUGAACAUAGUAGAAGGUAUGAUAGAUAUGGCGCAUAUGGCAGAAAAUAUGAUAAAUGCUUUUAUAAGAAUGAUACCUCUAAUAACGUCAAUAAUGACAAUGUUGUCAUCAAAUUAAUUCAAGUUUUAAAUUAUAAAUUCGGCUAAUUCUGUACAAAAAUCUGUACAAAAAUGGCAAGAACAUGUUUAAAUGUGAUGCAUUAAUAAAUGCAGUAUUGAUAAGACACAAUAUGACAAGAUACAAUGUAUCAGUAAAUAAAUAUUAAUGCAAUUUCUUAAUGCA